CGGAGUCGGAAGGUUGGCGCUUCAUCCUCGUUUGAUGUACGCUGUUGAUCGGAUCUGACUUUAGCCUCAAUUAUCGUAGUGACUUUUCAAUAUAAGUACAUGUAGAUGUAGUAACUGCACGACGAAUAUCCAUAUCGUAAAUUAUGAUCUAGUCGUGGGCACCACUUAAUUAUCCCCAUUGAGGAAUUGAUAAAUUUUUUUGCAACAUCAAAAAAUAAUGGGCAGUCGUGUGGACGAGGACGAAGUGCCUGGUCGUGCCAUGCCUUGGUCUCCACUGGGCCUACAUCAAGCUCCUCCUCAUUUUCAGCCCUCUCGUCUGGUCGAAAAAGCAUCCUCGUGAUCUGCAUCUCCAGCACCGCACCCAAGUUGACAACAGACCAAAAUGGCGUCUAGCGAGCGGCGCAUUUCUGUGGUGGUGCGGUAUCGCGACUACCGCGGGCGCGAGCAUGAUCCCUGCACGUGGGAUCUACAGGGCCAGGACACUGUUAGGGAUGCGACAGGCGGAAAUGGCCUCUGGAGCUUCGAUCGCGUCUACCAUCCACACGAAGACACGCAGAGAAUAUUCGAUGAACAAGUAAAGGUUAAGGCCAGAAGUGGAGCAUGUUCUUGAAUCUAGUACAAGUCACUCUCUUCAUGAAUGGAAUUACUACUACGUCGAUCUUCACGUCAGAAGUACUGCUUCUUUCAUGCAUUCUAAAAGUUGUAGGUACCUCUACUUACCACGACUCCCACCUCCUAUACAUCUUCUUCUGAUUUUUAGAACUAUGUAUACAACGGAGUCUGGGCUUGUCGUCUAAAUCUGAGAUCGUCCAUCACUGUUUGGAGGGCGUGAACGGAACGGUGUUUGCCUAUGGUCAGACUGCAUCGGGCAAAACCUUCACGAUGCAUGGCAACCAGCGGGACCAAGGGAUCAUUCCGUAUGCAGUUCUAGAGCUGUUCGCGUCUAUGGAGAGCCAUCCGGACCAAGAUUACCUCCUCACCGUCUCGUACUUGGAGAUCUACAAUGAGAACAUCAUCGAUCUUCUCUCUGGUCCUCCUCCAGGUGCUUACGAAGGCACGUCUUCCUCGAGUGGUGCUAUGAUCCGUCUCUUUGAUCGUCCAGAUGGCAGUCUCGACAUCCGCGGCCUCACGGAGGUGCGCAUUCAAGGCGGAGCACGGGAGGUUUUCGACUGCUUGAUUCGCGGAGAGAGGAAGCGGCACACAGGCGAAACCCGCAUGAAUGAGCGGAGUUCGCGUUCUCACACGAUUUUCCGGAUCCAACUCGAGUGUCGCGGCGGAGACGAAUCCGGCGACGCCGCAAACAAGGUGUUUUCGUCCGUUUUGCACCUAGUGGACUUGGCAGGAAGCGAGGGUCUGAAACGCACGGGCGCCACAGGUGAGCGCAGAGUGGAGGGCGCAAACAUCAAUCGAUCGCUCUUGUCCUUGACGAAAGUGAUUAACCAGUUGAGCGACCAAAGGGGACCGAAUCAAUUCGUUGGAUUUCGGGAGUCGCAGCUGACCAGAAUCCUCCAGACAUCACUGGGAGGCAACGCGCAAACCAUCAUCAUUGCCGCAGCCUCAGGUGCGCCCUCGAACUAUCCAGAGACCAAGUCCACAUUGGAAUUUUAUGUUGGCGCAAAAUAUUUUAUCCUGAGCCACACUCAAAUCAUUCUCUGUUAACACUAUCAUGUAUGGAAGAUAAUCAAAAAAAUAAGAUAACUACAGCAUCUUGGUCUGUAAAUAGACUGAUACAACUACACCUGAAUGACCAUCAGGGCGUCCUACUUAGUUACUUCUGUCCCUGCAUCUUCUACAUCUUUGCACCCUGGCAUCUCAUCUUUUUUUUUUCUUUCAUUUCCUCGCUGCGCGUGCCAAGUGCAUCAAGAACAAGGUGAAGGUUAACGUCUAUCAGAGUCCCGAAGAGGUGUUGAAGACCGCAAUGCAGCAGAUCGAGGAGCUAAAGCGGCAGUUGCGUGACAUGAAGACUGGGACCGGUUUGGCCGUGCUCUCUACGGAGAAUGAGAAGAUGAAAAGCGAGAAGGAACAGAUACUCCGUGAAAAGUUAUCGCUCGAAGAGAAAAUAUCAGAAAUGCAAUCGAACAUACCGAAAAUCCUGCAGACACGACCAGAGCAGAUGACGACCCCACGGAAGAUGUUGAACAAGGAGCCAAACCGGCGCCAUACGACCUUCGACGGUGGCGCAUUUGGUGCGCUCUUCGGAGCUGGAGCUGCGGCUAGGGGAGCAGGCGUUUUCUCACCGGUACCUAGUCAAUGCUUUAUUACUUUUUUCCACUGACGUCAUGUCACUGAUAGCGACAGCGCCGCAGCGGAUUGGGCAGCGUUUGUCGAAUGGCGGGGUUUCGUUACCGCUUGUCGGCACCAUGUGCGCCCGUCGCUCCCCUGCACUCUGCGCCGUGCGACCAAAGACGAAGGGGGUCCGCCUUAUGCUUGAAGAAUUCCAACUAAUGACUCCAGCAGCGUGAUGACAGACCUGCACAAAGACGAGAAGGGGAAAGGAAAAGACGGCCGCGCGCAGCCGGCGGCCAUCAGGCCAGAGGACGGAGGCGAGGCAGAGCCCGCCGGGUGCUGUCUGGGCGGUGAAGAAGUUCGAAGGACAAGACCAAGGGGCUACCUCUGCCACAGGGCAGCGCGAUCAGCCAGCGGGCUGGAUGAGUGGGCAACAACCUGCGCGACGAUAUCACGCGAGAGACAUUGAACGCCGUGCGCUUCGAAUCUUGGCAGGUGCGGCCUGUGGCUACCGAGCUGCUGCGGGAAGUGUUUCGUAGGUCUGAAGGAAGAGGGGCCCCCCCUGUUGUCAGGAAGUGGCUAGUUCCAUCCUGUGAAAGUUGGCCAGACCUUUCCCGGUACCGGGUGCCCUCCCUCGGAAGGGACAGAGGAGGCGGGGAAGCAUACAACACCCGGAAAAAGUCGAACAAGCGCCCAGGACGGCAAAGAGCUGAGACGCGGGCCAAGCUUCGCGGGCGACCGUCUGGGCGCUCGCCGGGCCGCGUGUUCCAUCCUAGCAAGAUAGUGCCGCCAACGAUAGAAGCGCGCAGCUCCUUUUGGCAGUCUUAGGCAGGGCCGGCUUUGCUUUGGCAUCUCUUUAGCAAUCUCAGGCCUCGCUUUAGCCGUCCGCGUCGACCUUGGGCCACUCAGUUCCCAGCCCUUCAGCCUUGCGGGCAUUGAACAGCGACGCACGCAGCGCCGCCCGUGCCGCGAUGACAUGACGGGGAACCUGCGGAGAUCGGGCACCAGUGUGGUGGUGGGAAGACGAUCGCUACCCUUGCAGCGAGCGCGGCAGCUGUGAAGCGUGCAGGUAGGACCAGCCAACGAGGGGGCGUGAGUGGCGGGCUCGGGGGCUUCGUUGGGGACGAGGGUGCGCUUCGGGUAUGCGUCGGCUGGGGGCACUAUGAUCGCAACCCUCUUCACCGUGGUAGCUAGACGGCUAGCCAAGGGAGGCGAUCGCCAGGCUUACCGACAUGGUGUUCGGGUCAGCGUUAAGCUUUUCUUUGCGUGACACACAGAGAAAGGCGAGGCGCGUUGUCUCCAGCUGCCUGCCUAUUCAUCUGAUGCCACCGCUGCAACCAAGGGAGCAAGCAAACAGAUUGAUAGAAGGACGAACACGAAAGAGGAACGAGCGGGCAGGAGCAAGGGGCCGCCGCUGGUUUGUGAUGUCGAUGGGUCUGCGCGGGGGUGUCUCUCCUGUGCAGCCAGCUGAAGGCCAUCGGGGCACGCAGCUGGGGGCAGUGUGGUUUCCUGUUUGCUUUUUGUCUUUGAGUUCGAUGGAUGGCCUUCGCCUUGCCCCUGAAGUCGUGUGGGUUGGUAGGCUGUGCGCUCGCUGGUGCUGGAGGUAGCUGUUGGCGGGUAGUCUCUUUUUGAAGUCUUCACUCUGGUAGGUGGGCGGGUGGGGCUUUUCGUUCUUACCUCUUAAAGAGUCUCAUUUUAAGCGGGCCCCCUGCUUGUGUGUUUGUUGUCUUCUUUUUCUUGUUGGGUCUGGGUGGGGCUUCUGUUCUUCUGCUUCGCUGGUCGGUGGGUCGUGGGAGGCCGGGCUCUCUUUGGAGAUCAGCCUCUCUUUCAGUGUGCAGCCCUUGCUUUCUUCGGCUUGCUUAGUACAUUUCUAGAGAAGGGGACAGGUUCAGGGCGUCGCCCAUCGCUUUUGCUGAUGUGCCGCGCGCCUCGUCUGGCUCUGAUCUGGUUGGGGUUGGUACUAAGUAACGCGAGGCAGCGGGCUGCGCCGGUGGAUCAUAGCUCGGAGGAGCGGAGCGCAGUCGAGCUACUCUACAUUUUAUCUCGUGUCUGCGUCUGCGCCGCCAGCACUAGCUAUUGCCGCUGUAGAAGUAGUUAACAGGCUUGCCUUCGUUGUGAUUGUGUUGUCAAUUAUUAACGGAUCAGUGUGGGCUGAGGUUCAGUCCCUUUUUCUGUCUUUGCUGGCUUGCGCUGGCCGCGGGCUCGUCGGGGUGCUUGGCUACAUCGAUCGCAGUGAGUCGAAGGACUCGCGACUACGUAUUAGGAGUACUUAGUUGUUGGUGGUGUUGAGGUUGACAUGUGGAUGUGGUAUAACAAGUAGAAGGACCAUUUCAGCGAUAAAAAUUGAUCUGGCAUCUGGCUACCUUAUUUUCAUAUAAUUUCUGAUUUUAUGAUUCACUUUCAGAUUUCACGUCUCGGCGCGGAUGGUACUCGAGCAAAAGCGUUGAAAGGAUUGGAACCUCUCGGGAGCUUGGGAUUGCCAAAGGCAAAAGUUGGCAACGGGAACCGUGGGGCAGCGCCGAUAGAUGGCAUCGCAGAAAAGAAAACUGUAGAGCAGCAGCUGGGUGGCAGUUUCAUGGGUGGACUCGGGGAUAGCACGCUCAUCGACGAGCGCGACGAGGAGAUAAGUCAGCUGAAGCAAGAGAACGCGACUCUGCAUGCGAGAGUGACGGAACUUGAGGUGGAACUAGAGAAAAUGGUUUCCACAGCUAACCACAAGAAUGGUAGUGCAUCUUCUAGUGCCUCUGGCUCUGCAGGAGCUGCAUCAGCUCCCUCCACCACUGGCGUUUCCAGCACUUUGCAUCAGCGCUUGACAGAGGAGCGAGACUCCUUGCUGUCGCAGUUGCAGCAUCUUCAGGAGAACCAGAGGAGUAGUGAGAAAACUGGCCGCGAACUGCGAACCCGAGUGCAGUGGCUCGAGACCGUCAACAAAAACUUGGAACAAGCUAGUGCAGAGCUAGAAGCCAAGGUUGAGGAGCAACGACUGCGUGUUCACGAUCUUGAAUGCUCGUUGGCAGCCCAGGCGGACAAGGCUGCACGACGCGAAGCGGACUAUGAAGCGCUUGAGCGUACGGAAUCCGCUAUGCGCGAUCAGCUGACGCGAAUGGGUCGUGAUCUCACCUUUGCAAAGCAAGCGGGAGAAAGCGAGCGUCUAAGAUUACGGUCUUUUGAGGAAGAGCUCGAGAAAACAAAAGCGGGAACGAAGCGGACCCGUAAACAAAUGGGAGGUGCUCGUGGUGGUGGUGGCGGGUUUAUGUCAGCAGCUGCAGACACGAAGACGAAUGCGAACAAUAUAGCAUCGUCACCAGCAGACUCUGUUCUUCCUAGAACUGCAACUGGUGGCCAGCAGCAACAUCAAGCAGACUGGAGUCGUUCGCAUUCGUCAGAUGAAGAAGAGGGAAGCGGUCCUUCGCGAGCGCGCAGAAAAACCAAGAUGGCGAGGAUAGAGAAACCAGGAGAUCAGGAUGGCAAUCUUAGUGGCCUAGAUCAGUCGUUUCACGAUCCAGCAGCGUCUCUGUUUACAGGCACCUCCUCAAGCAGCACGUCUCCAUGGCGUCAUCUUGCAGCUGCUGCAACUGCCGCAAGCAAGGGCAAGACUGAAAAUACAACAACUAGUGGAACUGGAAGUGGUACUGCUGGUGCUGCGACAUCAGGAGCUGGCACCUCCGCACCCGCGCGGCGGAGUCUAGUGCAGAAUGGGAUCCCGUCCGCAGUGCAAGCAGUGUCACCAUCUCGCACGUGGGGACAACAGCUGCUGGAGGAACGCGAUCGUGAGAAGUUUGAACAGUCAGUGGUUGCUCAACAAGAGGCUGCAUUGGCGCGCGCGCUUGCGGCGAAGGACUCCGAAUUCGCAUCUAAACUUGCUACUGUCGAAGAGGAUGCAUGUGCCUGUGCACGCGAGGCGCUAGAAGGCGAGCACGCAGAGCGCAUGGCGGCACUCGAGCGGUCCGCUGCAGAUCUGCAAAGGGACGUGGAAACGAAAACCGCAUUGCUGCGUGCUGCAGAGGAGCGUCGCGACACAGCGAUUGCAGAACGAGACCGCCUUCUCCGAGAGGCCGAGUCGCACGCUGCGACGCUAGCAACGCUACGCGAAGAACAGCGACUGAGCGAGGAAGCCAGGACUGCAGCCACUCAGGAGCUAGAGUCGCAGUUACGCGCUUUCCGCGACGAGCAAGCCCGUGAGCACGAGACGGCGUUGCGUGAGCAGGCCAAUGCAUUGGAGGAACGCGCACGUGAAGAGCAGAGACGGAGUCUCGAACAGUUGCGAGAGCACCUCACGGCAGAGCAAGACGCCGUACGACAACGCAAAGACGCAGAAAUGGAGGAGAUUGUGAAGAAUUGCGAGCAAGCGUCGACCGAACUAGAGGCUGAACUCCGCGAGCGUGCGGGGACGAUCGAGCGCCUAGAAGCAGACUUGCGAGAUGCUGUGACCGCAAGGGAUUUCGCUCGUGCAGCUGCAGAAGAAGCCGGCUACUCCAGUAAAGUCGAAGAAACAGCCGCGGGCGUCGUCCGCGAACUGCAAGAAGAGGCCGAUAAGGAGCGGACACGGCGACAGCAACUGGAAGAGACCUUGGCGCAAGAGAAGCAGGCAGGCCGCAGCCUGCAAGCGCAACUGCGUUGUUUUCAGAGCGAGCUCGAGGAUGGGCGUGUGGCGCAAGAGAGGUUGCGGUCUUUGGAGAAGGAGCGCGAGACGGCAGAGCAGCGUGAGCACGACCGUGGCAACGCACUCCAGGAAACCGAGGCUAGGGAAGCCGGUCUUCGUAGCGAGUUACAGCGUGCAAAGGCCGAAGCGACGGCACUCGCGGAGCAGCAUACAUCUUUGAAAGCGGAAAGUGCGAGGAUAGAUGCGGAGCGGAGGAGGGAGCUCGAAACGCUUCAGGGAGCGCUUAUGCGCGCCCAACAGCAGGUCGAACAGCAGGACAGCGCACAGGACGACACGGUGCUCACGCUCCAGCAGCAAGUGGCUAAAAGUGAGGCGGACGUGCGCGUAGCAGAAGAAGAGCGUCAAAAAGUUCUGAAAGAGCGAGACGAGCUCAAGAACGCUAAAGCCCAGCUAGAGAACGACUUGGAGGUGGAGCAAAAAGAGCGCCUCGAGGUUGCGGAUGAGGCGGAAAAGCUGCUGGACGAAAACAGCAAGUUGGAAGCUGAGCUCGAGGAGCUUCGCACAGCGAAGAGAAAGCAUAUAGAGUGGCAGACCGAGAAGGAAUCGAUGGUCGAAGAGCGCGAGAGGAUAGAAGGGGAACUACACGCUGCAGAGCAAGAUUAUGGCUUAUACCCUAAUGAAUCCAGCAUCUUCUGAAUCAUGAUCAUCUGCUCGUGAUCUUCAGGGGACAGCAGCCUCAAGAAGAUGAGUCUCAACAAGACGGGAGAUCGAGACUUGGGUUUUUAGCUCUUCUAAUGAAAGGUAACUGCUUGCAAGAAAUCGCGCGACGAGGCACUGGUGGAGGUCGGACGGCGCAAUCAAGAAAUUUGCAGCUUGCAAGGCACAUUAGCGACUGAGUCCGGGAAGAGCGACGAACUGCAGAGGGAGACGGCGAACUUCAAAAUCGAACUGCGACAGACAGAGCGGCUCUUAACGGAAUUGAAGGAGAGCGUUGCACGUGAACGCGAGACGUUCAACGAAAAAGAAGAGCAAGAUGCAAGUCGGCUUGCCGCACUAGAACGGGAAAAGCAGCAGCUGCAAGACAGGGCACAGAAAUUUAUGUUGUUGAGUAAUCAUGUUGUGAAAAAACAAAAAGACAUGCCUCAUGCUACUAUGUCCUCACGUUCACUAAUGAUAUGAUAGGGCAUGCCUUCUCUUUCUCAGAUCCUACACUUCACUUUGGGUUAGCUGUAGACUAGAAGUAGGCGUAUUUGAAGCUGAAGAUGCAUUGAUUCUGCUAGAUGAGAGCUACAAGCAGAACUAGGGCGGCAUGGUUGUAAUACUCGCCCGAGUUUCAGCAACAUAAGUACAUAAGUAGGUCAUCUCAACAACUUUCAUACUCUUGCAGACCGAGUUAGACUCCGGCGGCGCGAAAGCGAGCGAGAUAGGAGAGCUGAGGCAGAAGGUGCUGGAGCACAGCAGCGAAGCAGAGCGCUGGCGUCAAGCAUGCGAGUCAGCACGUUCUGAAGUCGAUGCUUUACAGAAGCGAGUAGCUGAGGCUCAGGCCCUGAAGAGCGGUUUUGUCGCCGUAGAAGGCGCGCUCUCGCAGGCACGAGCGGGUCAACAGGAUGCACGAUAUGAGCUUCAAGCGUUGGUGAAAGAAAAAGAAGCCUUCCAGAAAACUUGCGCAGCUCUGGAGGAGGAGGCCCGCACUGAUAGGGUACGCGCAAGAGAGCUCGAGGACAAACUUGCGUCGCUCGAACCGAUUUCCGACGAAGUGGAAGCCUUGCGGAGCAAGGUACUACUUCUCUGGCUUUUCAGAGUUGUCUUGUUUGCUGCGGGUAGCGAAGAGCCCUUGCAGCAACUGCCCCGGAGGACCUGGCGACCCACUCCGGGACGGGUCCCACGGCGUCCGCCGGUUGCGGGGACGGGUGGGCGAGUUUUAUUAUUCGGGCCCGGCAUUUCCGCUGCAGCAGCCGCAGCCCCUCCCGGCAAAAUGCAAACUAACAGUGCCGGAAGUAGGGGCCCUCGGCCUAGCGUGGCCGCGGCCAGGCACGCUGAGCGGCGUGGCGACUUUGGGCGCGCAUCCCUUCAGAAAAGGGAGGGGUGACUGCUAUAGCCACCGCAGGGGUAGCUUCGCGAAAUCCAGGCCGCGGCGCUUCGACAGGUGUAGACGCUGACGGCGGCGGUGGCUUUCGGGCAGCGUCUCCGCUGGUCGAGCCUGUGCCUUCGCGCGGUAGAAUAGGCCGAGCGCACUCCUGAUGCAUGGCGCCGGCGGCGUCUGUCGCUGAGCAGUUUAGCCUAGACGGCGACCGGCCUCAGCGCCUGGGGCAGCGGAUGGGAAUCGUGGCGCCACGGUUUCCGCCCGAUGGAGUCGACGCCGCGCGUCACGUUUUCAAGCAGGAGCUUCGGCGGCUUGCGAUCGAGUGCGGUUCCUUGAGCUCUACUCUCAGCAGCAUCAGACUCGAUUGAUCAGAUCAGCAUCGUCGGCGAAGUCACGCUUCUGCGUGGCGUGGGUGACCUUCACGAAGCGGAACGCCGCGGAGGUUUGGGAGUGGCCGAAGCUUCAGGAGCAGCACUUAGCGCGACGCCUUCCGACGUUUGGGGCGUUCUUCUUUUCAUUCAGGAGCUUCUGAUCAUUGCCGCCUUACACUUUCGAUAUUAUUACAUCCACCAUACAGCCACUCGCGCGCCUGGGUUACUAUUUCCCGCAUACCCGCUCACUUUUACUAGACGAGCUCUCGGCCCGAAUGCUCAAAAGCAUGCUUGGCUCGGGAGGCUUUUGGAAGCGCUGGCUUACCCUCCAGACAUCUGGAGCAAUACGUUACGCCCAGCUUUUCCGAAAAAUGCAACACCUGACAGCGAGUCUUUUUCUGACCCCGCCCCAAUUGCUUACAGUGCUACCAUCCCAGUACGCCUAGCCCUUAAUACAGACGGACACAGCACCAAUUGAUCCUGAUCAUUGCCGUUCUUGUCAUCUUCUUGGGUGCCCUCCGUGCGAGAGGCUAAGUCGCAGCAUGGGACCAGCCACCCGGAUGCGGCUAGUCGUGCCCUCUUAGUGGAGUAAUCGGUGGCUUCAAAUCCGCAUUGUGUGGCCGCCAAUUCCACUACCACUAUUUGAAGUCUGUGCGGUGUGUCUGUCACCGGUCAGGUAGUGGAGGCCUGCCGGGACAGGUAGUUGCUAGCGGCCUUUGUCGCGCUUGGGCUGGGGCGCCCCGUUUUUGCAGCAGCAGGCGCUGCCUGCCAACUUAGAGGAUUCAGCAGCACCGCGAGCAGGUGAAAAAGGUCGCAAGCGGUCGGCCGGCGGCUUCGCGCACAUGUCGAAAGUGCUCGCUGGGGGGGCUGGGCGCGCCAGUGGAAGCAAACCUGUCAAGGGGCGCCUCUUUCUGAAGUAGCAGGCUUCUCUGGAGAUGCUUUGACCUGUCAACUCAUUAGGCACGCCGCUGGCGCGGUCUUAUGGUCUUUCUAGUCGGAACCGGCAGGGUCAAGCUUGGCACACGGCCGCGCAGCUUUGAAGCAGCAGCGGAGCGCCUUCGCUACGUCUGCCCAGGCAGCUCACUUCGUUCCUUGGAGGAGGAGCUGGGCGAGCUUUCGCAGCUGCGGCCAGAUCCUUCCCUGCCCCGGCCUACUCUUGACGAACCAAAGGAGAAGGACUCUCGUGGGGUGUAUUUCAACGUGCUCGGUUUGUUGUGACGCUGGGCCACCGGCAGCGCCGCGCGUCCCUUUUGAAGAAGGGCGAACUACUCUCAUUGCGCACGGAGAUGGAGACACUUUCGUCGAAGUUCACAACUGGAGGCCGCGCGUCUUCUCUUGGGUCUUCUCCCGUAGGAAGAAGCUCUGCGUGCAUGUCUUCAAGCGCAAGGCCAAGGAAGUUGCCGCCAGGCCAUAAAGCAGGCCCCUUUGGGUGCGGGCUUCCACUUUCUAAUCCUAAGCAUAAGGAUAGGAAAGAGCGGAAGGGGUGCGGCUGGCAGUCGAUGGCUAACCUUUCUCGUCAGUCUUGACUCUUGCGGGGGGUGUCGCGCGUUGUGCGCUAGAUCCUUCCAGACCCCCGGGGGCUGCAGCGUGUGCGCCUUACUGUUGUGCAGCCAGUGGCGACGGGUGACGCCGCUGGUGCAGCUGCGGCGUCGCUGUUCAGCGACGGACUGUGGGGGCUGGCUUUGGUUGACUUGGAUAGCGUGGCCAGAUUCAUAUCCUCGCGCCGCAUCCAUCGGCAGGGCUGCGUCUGCUCUGUUUAGGCGCGCGGGGUGCGUGGUUCCCUCUGCGAUCUGAUCGAGACCGGGGCACCCACCGCCGGCUUACACAGUGACGCCUCCAGGCGGUGCUGGGGCUGGUCAGCGGAUUGAUGGAUGGCCCGGCUACUCAAUCCAAACCCAAUAGAUACGGCGCCACGUCUUCAGGUGUAGACCUCGCCUGCGUGUCGGGUUGCCUUCUUUCUCUCAGGUGAGUCCCGUGCAUGCGCGCAAAUUUGUUGCCCCAGGCUCAGCCUGCUGCGGAGAACUCUUGGGACUUGUUGGUGAUUGAUAGACUACCCAGGCCAGACCAUGGGGCCUGACCGUGGUGGGGUCGCAAUUCAGCACCUUGAGAUUGAGAGCACAGCUGCCGCCAUCAACAUCGCGGCCCAAUCGUGCGCGAUCGCCGUCGUCGACUGGAGCGAGCGGCGACCGCUCGAGGUCUCUCGCGAUGCCGUGGGAAGCGUUGCUUCGUCGUCGAUGACCUUGAUCUUGUCACUGUGGGCGUGGGGCUCAGCAGGUUCUUCAAGAAACUGACAGGGCGACGGAGUUCAGGCGGAACGCCGUGGGAAAGAGCUAGGAACGGCUCGGCUCCUCUCGGCUUGACAACUUCAGAGGCCUUCGCUUCGUGGGUCUGUCACUCGGUGGCUUCCUACUGCGUGCUUUGGCGGGGGGCGUCGGUGGUUCUUAAUAUGGGUGGCUCUUUGUCGUUGUGUGGUGGUGGCGCAGGCCCGCCGCACGGGUAAAAUUUUUGGCAUGGCAAUGGGGUCGUGAGUAUUAUUAUAGUGGUUCUUCUUCUUAUAAUUUCUAGACCAGGACGCUGUGCGGUACUAGUACUGAGUUCGUUGCGUUCUGUUCUCAUGCUUCUUUGGCGUUGCUGUUCUAGCGGGCGUGGGUUGUUCGUUAGUUUCUAUCCUGUGCGCACCUCUUGCUCUCUUCAUGUCGCGCAUGAUUGUCUGUGUUUUAAAGUAUGUAACUAUUUGCUCCACCGCAUCCCAAUCCAACAUGCAAGUGUAUUUGUUUUUGCUUUUUUAAUACACUUGCGUUCAAUUUCGAUUUCAAGAAAAAGCAGUGCUGAUAGAAGGCACCUCAUCAGUAUGAUCUAGUACUAGCGAAUUCUAGUCUACUUGAUGUUGUUGUAGCUCGUCUUCUCCUGGAGCUUACAACAGCAAGUUUUUCCAAUAUACACAUCAUGCUAUUACAUGACAGGAACUCGACUGGGAGGACCGCUUGGCAAAAGGAGAACGCGAAAAGGUGAAAGCUGAGAAGAAAGCAGCAGACCUAGAGCGCGAAAUAGCACGCCUUAAAGAAUCUCACGUGCAGGACUGGCUCGGGAGUUCAACGACUAUCACAUCCAAUGUUAUGAAGAAGUGACGUUGACCUUGACAGGAGUGGAUGAGGUGGAGGAGACUUAUUCUUGCUGUUACACAGUUUAGUACCUUAUUUUCUUGCAGUAUAAUCAGUACUACCUACUGUUCUUGUUGUAGUUGAUGUUCUUCGUCUAUUCAACAAACACUCACAACUUCUCAAGCUUCUACUUCUAAGAAAUGCAAAAAAGAUUUGACGGAGCUGCUGCGGGAAGAACGCGAGCAGGUGGAAAGACUGCGUCAGGUGAUGCUUGCCAGUGAAGAGCAGCAAGAAAGCGUUGAGGAGAAGUUGCGGGAGUCCGAGAUGGAGAAGAAAAGGAAGGACAUCGAGCUCAACGCGCUACGCGAGCAACUAGCGGUGGCGGAGGAAAAAAUAGCCGCCGCUGGUCCCGGAGGAGGUACGGACUCAGAGGCCGUUUUAGCCGAACGACGGCUACGGGAACGACAACAAUUGGAAGUGGAGCGGUUGAGACGCGAGACGGCUCAAAUGCGUGCCAACUUUCGACUAAGGCUUGAUGGUGAAGAUACAACAAUAAUCCAUUUCGGAAGUAGUAGAUAGAAGUACAAUAAGAACAAUAACGCAUUUCUAAGUAAAGAUGAAGAUUGUUUAUUUUUUAAAGAACAUGCUCAUCUUCGUCAUUGUCUUGUUCUGUUUCCUUCUUGUUCAGUAGGAUUCUGCUUCUGAAGAAAGGAACUUCUGAAGAAUAAGUUGUAUAAGAACUGAGUUCUACUUGUCGUAGUUUUCCUUUGCAGGAGGACUCUAAUGCGAGAAGCAUCGCGUGAAGUAAACGACUAUGGAUCACUGAGUGAGCAGCUUCAACGUCUGCGUGAUGAAGCCGUGAAACGCGAGAAAGUCGUUACUGACCUGCGACAGCAGCUGCAUCGACUUGAAAUCCGAGAAGCAGGACAGCGCGCACAGCAUCAGAGUGUUUUGCAGGGCCACGCGAAUUUGCGGAGUCUCGUUCUACAGGAGGAGCAGCGCAGUGCCGCGAAAACAAAUACUAGUCGAGGGAGCAGUGGCUCUCCCUCAGGAGGAGGUGGCGCAAGAGGACGCACUGGCACUCAAGGUGGAGUCGAUAACCUGGCUUCAACUUCGUCAAAUGCACCUCUACUUAGCGGAACAAGCGGACCGUCUGGCCCAACUGGGCGUCGACGACUCAGCUUUGGAGGUCGGCAAGAAGGAUGCACUCAGCAAUGACGUUGUUCCGCUAGAGCUCUUCGUUGAACUUGUUGUAAAGUAAGGGUGCACAAGAAGAAUCAGAAGAUAUUAAUAUGCUAAGUACUAUGCAAGAAAUCCAACUUAGUUGUAGUCGUGGUCAUAUUAUUGCAAUUGCUGUGAACGAGUAGUACGAGACGAGUUCAGACACAGAACUCAAAGAACUUGAACUUGUUUUUUUAGCCUUCGUUGAAACCAAGAAGCCAUCAAUUCUUAACAAACCAAUUCUUUCAUGAAUACUCAUACUCUUGCUCGAUGAAGAUACUCUCAAAAACAGCUCCUGCACAACGUGCUGGCUAGCCUAUUGCUUGAUCACAAUCUCAAAAUCUACAAACUGAUACUGCUCUCUGAACAAUCAAAGUUACUGGGAAGCGGUGUAAGAUCAUUAUUAUCCGCGGAUGAACAGACGAGACGUUACUACAGGAUAAAAGACAAGAUAAGAAUAUGUGAUAAUUUGCAUCUCUUGCAAUCUUUGCAUUUGAAGAGGAAGAACAAGAAAAAAGACUGCUGGAGCAGACGCACACGCACGAGG